GCCCCGCCCCUUCCUCCUCCUUCUGCCAGGUGACGUGUUUCCGCUUCCGGUGCAGUCUCCUGCUUAGCGAAGAUGGCGUCUCCGGUGCAGGAGUCCGAGGAGCAGGGCACAGACGGCGACCUGCUGGGCUGCUCCGCCCGGGACGUUGCCCUGAAAUGGCUCCAAGCAACAGAUCUUCCCAAAGAAGUCUACCAGCACCUUGCCUACUAUGUCCCUAAAAUCUACUGCAGACAAGCCGAUCCAGUCACAGACCAUGAGGAAAUGCUGGCCCAGCACACGCUCCUGGGGGCGCUAGAGUGGUAUCUGUGUGGGGAGGAACCCACCAUCGGCUUUCAAAAGCUGGAACAGGCAAAUAAACCAUCCCAACUCUGCGGACGAGUGUUCAAAGUGGGCGAGCCGACAUAUUCCUGCAGAGAUUGUGCAGUGGAUCCAACAUGCGUCUUGUGCAUGGAGUGUUUUCUGGGAAGUGUUCACAGGGAGCACCGCUACAGGAUGACCACAUCAGGAGGAGGAGGCUUCUGUGAUUGUGGUGAUGCUGAAGCGUGGAAAGAAGGCCCCUACUGCCAGAAGCAUGGCCUUAAUAUUUCGGAAAAUGAGACUGAGGAUCCUCUUAUCAACCUGUCAGAGGACAUGGUGGCAAGGGCUUACAACAUAUUUGCCAUCAUGUUCCAGUACACAGUGGAUAUACUAACAUGGGAAAAAGAAAAUGAGCUGCCUCCAGGACUGGAGCAUACGGAGAAAGAAGACAACUAUUACUGCAUGCUUUUUAAUGAUGAAGUCCAUACCUACGAGCAGGUUAUCUACACUCUGCAAAAAGCUGUGAACUGUAGCCAGAAAGAAGCCAUUAGCUUUGCAACAACUGUGGAUCGAGAUGGGCGGCGAUCGGUGCUGUACGGCAGUUUCCAAAGCUGUGAUCAAGCAAAAUCUGUUAUAGUGAGAAACACCAGUCGCCAGACCAAACCUCUUAAGGUCCAAGUCAUGCAUUCAGCAAUUGUUGCCCACCAGUCAUUUGGACUAAGAAUCCUCAGCUGGCUCGGACAGAUUAUUGGUUACUCAGAUGGAUUAAGACGAAUUCUGUGCCAGGUUGGAUUGCAAGAGGGCCCAGUUGGUGAAAACUCCUCUUUAGUGGACAAACUAAUGCUGUGCGAUUCCAUUCUGUGGAAAGGUGCCAGAAACUGCUACCACCAGUUGUUCAUGAGCAGUUUACUGAUGGACCUUAAAUACAAGAAACUUUUUGCCAUCCGUUUUGCAAAAAAUUACCAGCAGUUGCAGAAAGAUUUUAUGGAGGAUGAUCACGAGCGAGCAGUGUCCGUGGCUGCUCUGUCUGUGCAACUCUUCACUGUACCCACAAUGGCUCGGAUGUUGAUCACAGAAGAGAAUUUGAUGACCACAAUAAUAAAGACUUUCAUGGAUCAUUUAAGACACCGGGAUAUCCAGGGCAGGUUUCAGUUUGAGCGAUACACAGCAGUCCAAGCCUUUAAAUUCAGGAGAGUUCAGAGCCUGAUUCUGGAUCUGAAAUAUCUUCUCAUCAGCAAGCCACCAGAGUGGACUCCUGCAUUACGUACAAAGUUUCUUGAAGGGUUCUAUGCCUUCCUAGAACUGUUAAAGUGCAUGCAGGGUAUGGAUCCUAUAACUCGACAGGUAGGGCAGCAUAUCGAGAUGGAGCCGGAGUGGGAAGCUGCCUUCACCCUGCAGAUGAAACUAACACAUAUCAUAUCCAUGAUGCAAGACUGGUGUUCUACUGAUGAGCACGUCCUGAUUGAAGCCUACAAGAAGUGCCUUGUCGUGCUUACACACUGUCACAGCGGUUUCACAGAUGGAGAACAGCCCAUUACCCUCACGCUAGCCGGGCAUUCAGUGGAGACGAUACGAUACUGCGUGUCUCAGGAAAAAGUUAGCAUUCACCUUCCAGUCUCUCGUCUUCUUGCAGGUCUUCAUGCUCUGCUCAGUAAGAGUGAAGUGGCGUACAAGUUCCCUGAGCUGCUGCCAUUUAGUGAACUAAGUCCUCCAAUGCUGAUUGAACACCCAUUGCGCUCUUUGGUGCUCUGUGCUCAGGUGCAUGCUGGGAUGUGGAGAAGAAAUGGGUUUUCUUUAGUCAACCAGAUCUACUACUAUCACAACGUCAAAUGCAGAAGAGAAAUGUUUGACAAAGACAUUGUGAUGUUACAGGCUGGAGCUUCAAUGAUGGAUCCCAACCAUUUUUUGAUGAUCGUCCUCAGCCGAUUCGAACUCUUCCAGAUAUUUGGCACUCCUGAUUAUGGGAAGAGGUUCAGAAAAGACAGCACAAACAAGGAUCUAGUGCAACAGAAUAACACCCUUAUUGAAGAGAUGCUUCAUCUGAUCAUUAUGAUUGUUGGUGAACGGUUUUGCCCUGGUGUCGGGCACGUGACUGCUGCCGAUGAGAUAAAGCGUGAAAUUGUCCAUCAACUGAGCAUACGACCCAUGGCUCACAGCGAACUGGUGAAGGCCCUGCCAGAAGAUGAAAAUAAAGAAACUGGAAUGGAGCAAGUAAUUCAGACUAUUGCAUCAUUUAAAAAACCGGGCCUGACGGGUAGAGGACUGUAUGAGCUGAAGCCGGAGUGCACAAAAGAUUUCAACCUCUUUUAUUAUCAUUACUCAAGAGCUGAACAGUCAAAGGCUGAAGAGGCCCAGCGUAAACUGAAGCGUCUGAAUGAAGAAGAUACAGCUCUUCCCCCGCCAGUUUUGCCUCCAUUCUGCCCUCUUUUUGCCAGCCUGAUCAACAUUCUCCAGUCAGAUGUUAUGCUUUGCAUCAUGGGGACGAUUCUUCAGUGGGCAGUAGAGCCCAAUGGAUAUUCCUGGUCAGAGGCCAUGCUGCAGAGGGUUCUGCAUCUAAUUGGAAUGGCCUUACAAGAAGAGAACCAGCAUCUGCAGAACAUCAGCGAGGACAACAUUCUUACCUUUACUUUCUCAGAGAAGAUCUCAAGACCUGGUGAAGCUCCAAGCACGUCACCUAGCAUCUUGGCUUUGUUGGAGACAUUGCAGAAUGCCGCUCACUUGGAGGUUCAUAAGGAUAUGAUACGCUGGAUUCUGAAGACAUUUGGAACAAUUAAGAAGAUCAGAGAAAGUUCUUCUGCAACUCCAGUGGUUGAAGUAGCAGGCAGUGUUUUGGAGGAGAACACUCGCGAUAAAGAUAAAGCAGAGAGGAAGCGGAAAGCGGAAAUUGCCCGACUCCGCAAAGAGAAGAUUAUGGCCCAGAUGUCUGAAAUGCAGAGACACUUCAUUGAUGAAAACAAAGAGCUUUUUCAGCAGUCAAUGGAUGAACUCAGCGUUUCUGCAUCAACAUCACAUGACAACAGUGGUCCUGCUUUGCUGGACUCCAAGCUUGUUGCACUUGGCCCUCAUCAGACCCGAUUUGUUGAACAGAGUCAACUGGUCACUUGUAUCCUGUGUCAAGAGGAACAGGCAUACAAAGUUGACAGCAAAGCCAUGGUCCUAGCUGCCUUUAUCCAGAGGUCUACUGUCUUCUCCAAGAACAGAGCAAAGAUUAUUCAAGACCCAGACAACUAUGAUCCACUCUUCAUGCAUCCAGAUUUGGCUUGUGGGACACACACGGGAAGCUGUGGACACAUCAUGCAUGCUCAUUGCUGGCAAAGGUAUUUUGAUGCAGUACAGAUGAAGGAGCAGCGCAGGCAGCAGCGUUUACGUGUGCACACGAGCUAUGAUGUGGAAAACGGUGAAUUCCUCUGUCCACUUUGUCAGUGCUUAAGCAACACAGUCAUCCCAAUGCUACCUCCACCAAGGAGCCUGUAUCACAGGUUAGAUUUCUCAGAUCAACCAGAUUUGGCUGAAUGGGUGAAUGUUACCGGACAGCAAAUUAGAGUACUAAGGGAACUUGAUGGAGACAAGGAUGAAUCAGAAUCUUCCAAGCAAAUAAAUAUCCCUGAAGGGUUCCGUCCUGCUUUCCAGCCAAAGAACCCGUACUCAGACAGCAUUAAGGAGAUGCUAGCUACAUUUGGCACGUCAACAUAUAAGGUCGGCCUCAAUGUUCAUCCCAAUGAGCAAGACCCUCGUGUCCCCAUCAUGUGCUGGGAAAGCUGUGCAUACACAAUACAAACGAUAGAACGUAUAUUAACAGAUGAAGAAAGACCCUUGUUUGGAAAUCUACCAUGUCGACAGGAUGACUGCUUGAAAUCCCUGACAAGGUUUGCAGCAGCACAUUGGACCGUGUGUCCUCUGCCAGUGGUGCAAAAACAUUUCUCCCGGCUUUUCCAGUCUAUCGUGCCACAAGAAGGCAGUGAAGAAGCCCCUGGAAUACUUGACAUAGACAUGUUCCAUUUAAUGGUCAGCUUGGUGCUUUCUUUUCCGGCAGUACAGUGCCAGGAUUUCUCGGGGUACAGCUUGGGUAUUGGGGACCUACACCUUUUUCACUUAAUAACUAUGGCACAUAUCAUUCAGAUAGUGCUCACAUCCAGUCCAGAUGAAGAUGGAAUGGAACAGGAAUGCCCAGAUGGAGAAGAGGAACAAGCUGCUUUAGCUUUGUAUAGGACCAUUUGCAAAUGUACUGGAAGCACAAUGAAGAGGUGGUCCUCCGGUUGGCACCUAUACCGGGCAAUAAAAACAGCAAUUCUGCCCUUCCUUAGGUGUUCAGCUCUGUUUUUCCAUUACCUGAAUGGAGUGCCCUCACCUACUGAACUGCCAGUGAGUGGACUGAGCCAGAUCGACCAUCUUUGCAGUUAUCUUUCAUUGCCUUGCAACCUCUUCAGCAUUUUUCAGCAAAAUCCUGAAGUGACGGAUACACUCAUCAAUAGUUGGUGUAAACAUAAGGAGAUGAGAACGUAUAUGGAUGCUGAGCAGACAGCCAUCAGUUAUCCACGAGAAUCCAACAAACUUAUAGAUUUGCCAGAAGAUUACAGCAGUCUGAUCAAUCAGGCAUCAAAUUUUUCAUGUCCAAAAUCUGGAGGGGAUAAAAGCAGAGCACCCACUCUGUGUCUGGUCUGUGGUGCCAUGCUGUGCUCUCAGAGUUACUGCUGCCAGACUGAUCUGGAUGGAGACGACGUGGGGGCCUGCACUGCACACACUUACACCUGCGGCUCAGGGAUGGGGAUCUUUCUCAGAGUAAGAGAAUGUCAGGUCCUCUUUUUGGCUGGUAAAACCAAGGGCUGUUUCUAUCCUCCCCCCUACCUGGAUGAUUACGGAGAAACUGAUCAAGGACUCCGACGCGGGAAUCCUCUUCACCUCUGCAAAGAGCGCUUCAAAAAGAUCCAGAAGCUUUGGCAGCAGCACAGUAUCACAGAGGAAAUAGGACAUGCACAGGAAGCAAAUCAAACGCUGGCUGGCAUCGAAUGGCAGCAUUUGUAAUACAGGCAUGCGUUCUUUGUCAGUCCUUUUUAGUUGUUUUUUCUUUUUUUUAAAGCAGCCCCAUUUUCUAAAAAAAAAGAAAACAAAACAAAAUGGGAAAAAAGCAAAAAAAAAACAAAACCCCAAAACUCCAUUGUUACAUUUUCAUCCAUUGCAUAAACAGUGCAGACCUUUAAUUUAUAUUUCAUUGUAUAGUUUACAGAAUAAAUCGGAAUUUUCUUCAAACACUAUAAACGUCAAAUCUAUGCCAGAUGUAGCAAAUUCUCUUAUUUUUACCUUUCCGGUGAAAUCUGUAGGAGAAGGAACAUCAUCAUAGAAAUGAUCUAGACUUAAUAACUUACCGUCACUGGUCCAGUUUAGAAAAUAGUCACUUUAAUAGGGCUGUAAUCUUGAGUCUUAUUUUUUGUCAUAUCUUUGAUAUGGGCGAAUCUACAGUAAGAUUUGAAGAAUACAAUGAAUCACCCAUCAGUUUGUUUAGUUUUAAGUGUUUCCCAGAAAAAACGGAGGUCUCAUGACUGUUAUUCCAGACUUUUUCAAAACGAAACAAAUGACGGCCAAAUCUUAUGUUAGAUUCUCUCAUUUCUAUUAUUGGGGAACUCUGGUUUUAGCAAAUAAGUACAGUGGUCCUUCAACAUACGAUGAUGGUAAUUCUUUCCAAAUGAACCAUCGUUCGUUGAAACCAUCGUAUGUUGAGGGAUCCGUGCAAUGUAAAGUUUAGAUUGUUAUACUCACUUGUCCCGCCGCUCUGGACAGUCACCGCUGCCCUCGAUGUCGCCCUCCAUCGCUGUCGCCGCGUCCCCGGGGUGUCCCCGCUGCUCCGGAACGUCUCUGCUUACGGGGAUCGUCGCUCUUAAUCACGUCGCUACACAUUGGAUGACGGGACGGCGUGCGCAGCGACGGGAUGAAGCAGAGCGACGGCGAUGCAGGGAAUCCCAAAGAGGACGGUCCGGACCACCGGGGACAGGUGAGUGACCAUCACCGAACCACACGGGGCACCUUAAACGGCUAUCCGGUGGCAGCUGAAGCAGUCUGCGCUGCCGGAUAGCUGUUUAUGCGAUGGCCCCGACAUACAAAAGCAUCGUAUGUUGAUGCUGCCUUCAACAUGCGAUGGCCUCUGAGAGGCCAUCGUAUGUUGAAAUGAUCGUAUGUCGGGGCCAUUGUAGGUCCGGGGGGGUCACUGUACUAAUAUUUUUGUAUAAAAAGUCAUGCAAUAUUCCAGUAACAUUUUUUGUAUCAAUCUCUACUUCGUCAUUGAUUAAAAUCAUUGGUUUAAAAAAAUCUCUCCUGGUCAUGUGACAUAAUCCAGGCAGAUUAUUAUCCACAAAGCAAACAAUUAAGUUUCCUAUAGAAUGGCUGGAAGCAGAGAUCUUGAAAACCACAAAUGAACGGAUGAAGGAAGUGUUAGGGGUACGUUCACACUGCCACUGCAUAAAUCAAACAUUGGUGUGAAUGGAUUUUUCGUUGACCCGUUUACACUGCAGGAUUUUCACAGCAGAAAAUUCUGAUAUUGAAAUUCAGGAUUCCGGACCUGCCAAACAUGCUCAUUCUUUUGGCGGACCCCUGCGCCAACAGCCUUGUUGUCAGUGGUGUCAGCACAGCUCUGCACAGUGCUAGCGCUGAUGGAAUUCGGCAGCGCCCGCGACAGACGGAAUCUAUACCCAGAGAUUUCACAGUGUGAACAUACCCUUAUGGAAAAUUGUAUAACUUUCUAUAAUACACUGAAAAAGCUUAAACCGGAAUACCCCUUUAGGGUACGUUCAGACGUGCAGAUUUUCACAGCGUAUUUCGCUGCGGAUCCGCUGCUGAAGGACCUCCUAUAUGCUGCCUUUAUAUGUGCCUGCUCGGAGCGGCAAUACGCCGUGUGCGAGUACACCGCGCAUGUGCGGCGACACCGCGCAUGUGCGGCGACAAGCACAUCGCAGUGUGUCUGCUCGGAGCGGCGUAUGCCGCUCCGAGCAGGCACAUUUAAGGGCACCAUACAGAGGUCCUUCAGCGGCGGAUCUGCAGCGUAAAAUACCAUGUAAAUCCGCACGUGUGAACGUACCCUUAAGGUUCCUGAUAUAAAGCAGCCAAAGUGCUGCCCAAUAUCCAAAUAAGAUAUUCCCUACAGACCAUAAGUGUUCCAAAAUAUCUCUCAUUGGUUGUUGCAAAACUACAACCCCCAUCGUGCCCUGACAGACUUCUGCUGUCCUAUACUAGGUCUUAUACAGAUGUAGGUACAUAGCAAUAUUGAAACAAAAUGCUUCCCCUUCCCUGUAUUUGCCUACAUUUGACUGUAUAGGACAAUUUUUAGAUACACAUUCAUAGAACUACAGUACAGUAGGAGACCCAUCGGGGGCAUAUCAUAUAAAACCUACCCCUAUACGUUUCUUUGCCCCAUUACCUCUGCACUUUCAUAUUAGUUGCACAUGUAAAAACUUUGAUAUGUUUAUUAUUUUAGCUUUUUUUUUUUUUUUUUUUUUUUUAAGAUGGCUGCUGUCAGCCUUUGGUAAAAGCAAAGCAGCACUCCCCAAAUGUUAGAUCCUCAUGCCUUCAUCCUUCAGCACUGCCUGGUAUUCCUCUACAGUACCACAGACAGGUGGCGCUGUUUCUGGCAUAAAGCCACUAUACUUUUCUUAUUUACUACUAUACUUAUCCAGAUACAGGUAUAAUCUGCCGAUCUAUGCUGGACCCCAUAGUCCUUUAUUACUCUGACACUGGUCUCCAAACUGUAGAUCUCCAUCUGUUGCAAAACUACAACUCCCAGCAUGCCUGGACAGCCAACGGCUGUCCAGGCAUGCUGAGAGUUGUAGUUUUGCAACAGCUGGAGGUCCACCGUUUGGAGACCACUGCCCUAGGUUAUAUUAUCACCGUGAUUUAUCUUUACUGCAGGACCUUGCGUCAUAGUAUUCUAGAGCUGCCUCCUCCUCUAGGCGGCGCUACCCGGAAUGCAAAACAGGGCAAUAGUAGCCAUAUAGCGACGUAAUAUAUGGAUAGCGUCACCUAAA